AAGUAUUAAUCAUUCUUUCACAAUCCAUCCGGCCUAAGUCAGCAUUCAAUGUCUAGCCAAGCCCACAGGCAGUUCCUCGAAAAAUGGCUAACUCUCUGCUCCUCCACAACCACCACGGCCACCGCCAAUUCCGCCUCUAAAACCACCGCACGAGCCAUCGUUCAAGCAUGGACCACGCUCCGCGACUCUCUUCAAUCCCCUUCAGCCGAAGAGCCCCAGCUAUUACACCAAAGCCUUCAAACCCUAGUAAAUUCCCAGUCCUCCCUCCACGUGGCAGAACCCCAAGCCAAGCUCCUCCUCAAUCUUCUGCAAUCCGCCACCUCACGUCGCUCCUUUCCCCUCCUCCUCACACUCCUUUACGUCUGGGUUCGAAAAUCCCCCAACCCCAAUCCCACAAUCGUUGAUUCCACACUCAGAAUUCUCUCUUCAUAUGUCUCCGAUGCUGCCAUAUUCCCUGAAAGUCUUCUCCUUUUGGGCGCUUUCUCCUCCUCGCAUACCGUUUCUGAGAAAACCAAGACUCUUUGUUUGGACAUGAUGGUGAAACUGUUGGCGGGGGUGGACAAGGGUAAACUGUUUUCUGAAAUGCCGCGUGUUCUUGCUGGAAUUGGUUACGCUUUGUCGUCUUCAGUGACUGUUUACUGUGUGGAGAUGUUGGGUUUUCUUUUUAAGAUUUGGGGGAAGGGAGAGGGCUGUGUUGCUCAUGGACUCAUGGUUCUUUAUAUGUUUGAUUGGGUUGUGGAGAAUUUAGUUGGUUUUGGCUACUCGGAUAAGAUGGGUGUUUUGGUUCGAGAAGGUUUCGGUAGGUUUAAGGAGGAACAUGCUUCGUUUGCGGUUUUCAUGGCCGCGGUUGGAGUGUUGCGGGCUUUGGAGAGACGAGGAGUGGGAGCUGAGCUUGUUUCUGGAAUGGGGGUGAAGGAUUGUGUGGUUGGUGGGACUGAAGGUUUGGUUAGUGAUUUGGUUUCGAGGAGGUUGAGGUUUGGUUAUAGUGGUGAUAAUGAGGGCGAUGAUGAGGAAGACAGGCUUUUGCUUCGGUGUGUGUCGUUAGGAUUAACUCGGACUGUAGCAUUUUCGGUACAUUCGUCUUUGUUUGUUUGUCUUGCUUUAGCGUUGCUGACUGAGAUAUUUCCUUUGCCGCGUUUGUAUCAAUCGGUGAUUGAGAAGUCGCGUGAGUCUGGUGGUGCGGAGCUUAAGGAGAUCAGAGAACAUUUGAAUGGUGUACUGUUCAAGGAAGCAGGAGCUGUGACUGGGGUGUUAUGCAGUCAGUAUUCUUUAGCUGAUGAAGAAAGUAAGAACGUGGUUGAGAAUCUUAUGUGGGAAUACUGCCGGGAUGUCUACUCUGGACACAGGCGAUUGGCUGUGAUGCUUAAGGGUGAGAAAGAUGAGUUGCUUGAAGGUUUGGAAAAAAUUGCAGAAUCUGCUUUUCUUAUGGUUGUGGUGUUUGCUAUGGCUGUAACAAAACACAAGCUGAACUCCAGUUUUGCUCAAGAAAUACAGAUGGAUGUCUCGUUGAAGAUACUGGUUUCAUUUUCUUGCAUGGAGUAUUUUCGCCACGUCCGUUUGCCAGAAUAUUUGGAGACCAUUCGCAAGGUGGUUGCAGGUGUUAAGAAUGAACAUGCUUGUACUUCUUUCGUGAAUUCCAUGCCCUCUUAUGCUGACUUGACAAACAGUCCAGACCAGAAAACCAAUUACAUAUGGUCAAAGAAUGAAGUGCAAACGGCCCGCGUUUUGUUUUGCCUACGAGUCAUUCCAACUUUCGUUGAAUGUUUGCCCAGUCUCGUGUUCAGAAACGUCGUGGCUCCAAUUAUGUUCCUAUAUAUGGAGCACUCAAAUGAUAAAGUAGCUCGAGCCUCUCAUUCUGUGUUCAUGACAUUUAUGACUAUGGGGAGGGAUUCUGAAAAGAAUGAUGAAGCUUCAUUGAAGGAGCAGCUUGUUUUCCAUUACAUGCAGAGAUCCUUAUUGGGAUAUCCUGGUGUUACUCCUUUUGAGGGUAUGGCUUCUGGGGUUGUAGGAAUGGUCCAACAUCUUCCUGCUGGAAGCCCUGCCAUCUUUUAUUGCAUUCAUAGUGUCGCUGAAAAAGCCAACAAGCUCUGUUCUGAAGUCUUCACUUGCGAGACUGAUGCGUGGAAGAAAUGGCAAGGAGAGCCAGAACCAAGCAAGAAAUUAAUGGACUUGCUUUUACGCUUAGUUUUCCUUGUUGAUAUACAAGUCUUGUCCGACUUGAUGAAGCUAUUGGCACAGCUGAUCACCAAGUUACCACGUGAUGCACAGAACAUUGUUUUAAAUGAGUUAUAUUCACAAGUGGCUGAUUCUGAUGAUGUUGUCCGCAAGCCCACACUGGUUUCAUGGCUUCAGUCGUUAUCUUUCCUUUGCACAAAGGCCACAGAUCAAAAUGCAGCCAACCGAAAAAGUGAAACUGGAGGUAGUCUAACUUUUGCCAGUAUUGCAGAUCCAUCAAACAGCGGAAGAAUAACUGCACGACUUUAAUUCGCCAUCUUUUGUUUGAGCCUAUCAAUUUGUUCUGUAGUUUUAAAAUUAGCUUUGGCCAUGUUCAGAAAAGGUAAUUUGAGUGUGGAAGUAGUUUCUUAGAGCUUUUAAAGUAAUUCAUCCCUAGAUAACUUGUUUUUGAUGAUUGAUUCAAUAACUUUAAAAAUUAUACAAUACUUUAAUAGGGUAGUAAGAAAUUGAAAUCCCACCUAAAUAGUUGGAAUUUUAGAAAGCCUCUGGUUUCUCUAUUCACAUUUCAUUUUGGGCAUUAGUUUGGGUGUAUCUACCUCCGCAGCUUUUCAUCCUCAACCUCCGUAGCUUUCCCAACUGAACCAUUACUUGUCAACUUUUACAGAACCCGCUGAUAGCAACUAAUCUUGCUUACUAGAGUUCCUGAUUCCAGUUCGUUUCAAUUCUCCAUUUUUCCCUUUCUCUACUCGUGUCCUGAUUCAUUGUUACAAACUUUUAUUCUUUCCUAUUUAAUAUUGCUUCAAUGAUGUUUGGAUCUUCUAGUGCCCUAGUUUUCUGGUAAUUCAAUGUCGGGCCUUUGCUUAUGUCCUUCAAUGUGUUAUGACUUUAUGAUUGUUUGAGCUUUAACAGAUACUGCAAACACUGCGUGAAAAUUAUACCCUUCAAAGUUUUUAGUGCUGGAACCAGAUGCUUGUUUGAUCGGCCUUCAGAAACCUGGGUCUAGGCGAGGAAAGGGACUGUUUUAAUCAAUAUUGUUUUCUUGUCAGGGAAGAAAAAUGGCCGAUACAAAUCAAGAUGUGAGCUAAAUUAAAAGUCUGGUUUGUUUCCUGUCUUUGUCUCAAUUUUUCCUUCUCUGCUUUUACUGGAAAUAACAAAGUUCGUACUUGUGUAAAGCUUUUUUUAGGAAAGAAUAAUAUAAAUUUCAGGCAUUUAUUACUAACGAAACAUCUAAAAUAACAACUUUUCUUAAUCAUGAUGAAUUAGAUGAUGCGAACAAAGAACUGGAAGGACAUAUCAGGAAGAUUCAAAAUGUUUGAGAGGAAGAAGUGGAAACCCUUUUUAUGGGUACCACAGACACACGCACACUGAAUUUCCUGA